ACGGCUGCGCAGUGCGGAAGGGACAUAGGCGUAAACAGUGAUAGUCAGAGAGUCAAGAAGAAGAGCAAUCAUCCAGAGCAAGUAAAUAAGUUUAAUUCACCGCCGGGAGCGGUGGGGACGAGCGGAUGAUGGGAAAGGAAGUGAAGGACCGCUGUAACGUUGACUGUGUCCAAACGCCGACUUUUACCGUGCGGACCUGGCUGAUAUAGUUAGCUAACACACACACACACACAGACACACACACAGCUAGAGCUAGCAGUGGAGCUAGCAGGCUAACGCGGCGACCCUCGAUCCGCUGUCGUCGUUAAAACACACGGAGAAAAUGGUGUACCUUAUCAAUCCUCUGGAGAAUUUGAAGACCUAUAUCAGUAAUCGGCCACCGCUGGUCAUCUUUAUGGUCAGUGUCAGCACUGUAGCCAUUGCCUUCCUCACCAUUGGCUACUUUUUCAAGAUAAAGGAAAUAAAAUCCCCAGAGAUGACAGAGGACUGGAACACUUUCCUGCUGCGCUUUAAUGAGCUGGACUUCUGCAUUUCGGAGAAUGAGACCUUGAAGCACGGCCUCAAUGAAUCCACCACCCCUGAGAGCACGGUGACUAGCGGACAAGCGCGUCAAAGCACACAGGCUCCACCACUACUGGAGGACCCUGGACCGAUCAAUAUCUCUGUUCCCAUCACCCUUACCCUUGACCCGCUCCGCCCCUUUGGGGGCUAUUCCCGCAACAUCACCCACCUGUAUGCCACCAUUUUAGGGCAGCAGGUUGGCCUGGCAGGAAGGGAAGCCCACGAAGAGAUGAAUAUCACUUUCACCUUGCCUGCCUCCUGGAACUCGGACGACUGCGUCCUGCAUGGCCACUGUGAGCAGGUUGUGUUUAGCACCUGCAUGACCAUCACUGCAGCCAGCAAUGUCUUCCCAGUGACAGUGCAACCACCACACUGCAUUCCUGAAACUUAUACAAAUGCCACAUCCUGGUACAAGAUUUUCACCACCGCUAGAGACUCUGAUACCAAAUACGCGCAGGAGUAUAACCCCUUCUGGUGUUAUAAAGGAGCCAUUGGGAAAGUGUACCACGCACUCAACCCCAAGCUCACAGUCAUCGUCCCCGAUGAUGAUCGCUCUCUUAUAAACCUCCAUCUAAUGCACACCAGCUACUUCCUCUUUGUGAUGGUGAUCACAAUGUUCUGCUAUGCAGUCAUCAAGGGCCGGCCAGGCAAAGUACGGCAAAACAGCGCGGACUUCUGCCCUGAAAAGGUGGCCUUGUCAGAAGGAUAAACACUUAAAAUCAACUUAAAUGAACCUUAACUGAAAAGAAGAAUGAGUAAAGAUUAAAAAAACAAAACUGAUUUUACUAGUUGCCUACUGAACCCAGAAAUGGGUGCACAGCUCUGUGAAUGCAUUUCUCUGCAAUGUUGGGUCACUCCAACCAAAGACAAUUUAAGUGCCUGUAUCUACUGUGUAAAUAUUCAUAGGAUUCUUCAAUGCCGUACUGAAGUCAGCCUGAACCCUAGCGCCAUCUGUAAUGAGGUGUGACGCAGAAGCGGAAAAGCCAACGGCACAGGAUUUGCCUGCAAGGAAUUGUACUUCCAUCCACUUCCACCUCCGUCACAAUUGUUAAUUCGCGUCAGACGCUUUUGCCGAACACGUCUCCCCGAGAAGGGGGCGGGGAGUUUCCAGUUCUACCAGACUUUGUUGUGCAUUCUGUUGUCAUGCAUUCUGAAUAUCAGCCUUUGGUUUCCUUGAACUACUGCCUGAGUUUAUGCCAUUAUGCUAUAUUUAGGUUUACCUUUUUUGCUUUGAGUGUCUUUGCUGAAACCCCUUUUCUCCCUGCUCAGCCCACUUGUUGAAGAUAACAAAGAGUUCUUCUUUCUGCUGUCUUGAAACAAUAUAAAAAGCAAGGAAAAUGGGCACAGUACACAUACGCUUCUCAGCUUUAUUGUGACAUGGUUAUUAGUCAUUCAAUCCUUAGAACACAGGUGAAAGAAAACGGCCAAAUUGUAGUUAGUUACACUAAUGAGGUGUGGUUGUGAUGUGACUCUGUAGCCAGGAUAUCACCCCAUUCAGUAGCAGAAACCUUUUAUGUCUUACUGGAAAAGUUGGGGAGGAAUCAUUCUUAGCCACUCUUUUCCACAGCUGAUUUUCCACAGUGUGCUUCCAGCCAAUAACCUGCAUGCCAUGUACUUGUUUGGUGCAGAAUUUAGUGUUUUUUUUGUUUUUUUUUUUUUUUUCUUCUUUCCUCUCUCUCUUUCUUUUUUUCUUUUAUUCUCAUCCAGCAAGAACUGCAGAAAGUGGCCAUGAACGGAAUCCACAUGCUGGGCCCAUUGUUUGUGACCCUGUUAGUGCCAGUUGAGAGUGUAUGUUUGUGUCACUUAUGCAUAUAGAAAUGUCAUUAAGGCUGGAUGGAAAAUAUUUUUGUGCCCCUGCUCUUGGAUUAGUUUAAUGGGGUGUAAUGUACUGUAUAUGUUGAAUAACACAAUUCACUGAUAAUUAUCACUUUUAAUGUGUGAUUUCAUUAAAUUUUUUUAACAGAAAAACUUUAUUGAAUGUAUUUUCCAAGAUACAGCAAAAUUCCAUCUGUGCUGUAUUAACAGUAAUUUUAGUCAAAGGUGAUCAGAAGUGUAUUUAUUUUUUCCCCGGUUGUGUAUAUGUUUAAGAUUAGACUUUAUAAGAGAAACUGUUCCAAAGCCUCUGCUCCAAACAUAAGUUGUGCUUUACGUUAGCAGUUUCUUCCUUUGUGCUUUACAUUAGCCUUUUCUUUUGCCUUUGUUCUCUUUACACAUGCAUACUAUGAAUCUCUUUUGGAAGUUAAACAGUUUUAAUGCUAACAUUGUUAUAAGAAAGUAUUCUCAGAGUCUCCCUUUAAAACAUGGUUUUUCCUGCCUGAUUUCCCAUUUCACAGUUUUGUAGCUCACUAUACGGUAUUAAACUGCCUGGUGGCAGUACCUGUAUGUAGACUUUUUUGUAGUGUCUAUUAAGCCGCUGCUUGUGUGACAUCUGUGUUUGUACCUGCACAUAUCCUGUAGUCAGCAGGUUUCUUUUUUUCCCCCUCUUCCCAUUCUGGGGGAAAUACAAAAGGAAGCAGCAAAAGAAUAACCUGCAGAACAAUACAAAUUGUAUGCUUUUAAUUUUGGAGUAUGAGUAUAAAAUACUCGUUAUGCAAGCAAACCUCUGUUGUAUUUGUAGUUCCUAGAAAGAGAUGUUAGCCAACCAUCAGUCAUUGUUUCUGGAUAAUUUGUUUGCUUUCAGCAUACUAAACAGGUCAGAUCACAACUCAGCCAAUGUGGUUCUACUUCAUUAGCAUAAAAUCAGAUAUUUUCAAUAGCUUUUGUCUAUUUUUAAUGGCCAUAAUACGGAUUGCCUUAACAUAGCUAAUACAACAUUUAAGCACUGUUUUAUGUUCAGAGAAGGGGGAAAUGCCUACACCUGUUUCCCCUUUAUUAGGUCUGCUUUUUCAGUAUGUAUAUUAUGGGGAAAAAUAUCUAAUUCUUGUGCAUUAAUUUAGGUGGACCAAAAACAGUUCAGAAAUAGUACUUUAUAUCAGUGGUACACUUAUGAGGUCCUGCACUCAUUAACAGCCCUUAUUUAAGAUUACCAGGACCAGACAUGCCUUCAUUUCAAAGUUAAUUUGUUACAGGUACCCCAGGGUUGUGCUGUGUUGUAGUCAUCUGGUCUUGGGCCUUGCAUGUGUAUGGUAUGAGCACUUGUCUGUCUAAUCAGGAAAUCUGUGUGCUUGAUUAUGAUUGUGGGGGAGGGGCCUGCAUGUACAUAGUAUAAGUUAUCCCAUCAUUCAUAUUCCCAUGAUGAAAGCUACAGUUUUGUGUUGUUGUAUGAUACAAAAUUCUGAAUAGAGUAAUUGUAUGUGAAAGCUGGGAUGGAAAGAGGGUAACUUAUGCAUGCAUGCAUGCAAGUGCACUUGCGGGCUUAAGUUUUGUUGCUCGUCUUGAACUCAGCUUGCAGGGCCUUUGUUUAUUGUGGGAGUCACGACAUUACGCAUUGAAAUUUCCCUUGGAGGAAAUUUGCAGCCCCAAUGUUUUCCCUUUCUUUCUUGCAAU